GAGAGAGCAAGUGCACCAGAGUGUCAGGCAAGGCUGCUGCCUGCACACAUACACAAACACUCACACACACUCACACGCACACACAGACCCCUCAGCCUGGCUGCACCAGAAGAAGUUCAGAGAGAAGACUGACCUCAAGAAGGUGGGUUGGCCGGAAGUUUGGUCUGUGGAUUAACUCAAAUGUUAUGGCUUUCUUCAAACUGAGCCUCCUUGUCCUGUAGAGGAGUUGUGUGUCCCCCCCCCCCCCAGAAGAACUUGUCGUGUGUUUGCAGCCUGAGGGAGGAUGGAGAAGCUGUCAGGGAAAGACAAGGAGCUGAUACGAGGCAGCUGGGAGAGCCUGGGCAAGAACAAAGUUCCUCAUGGUGUCAUCAUGUUUUCCAGACUGUUUGAGCUGGACCCUGCGCUCCUCAGUCUUUUCCACUACAGUACAAACUGUGGCUCCACACAAGACUGCCUCUCCAGCCCUGAGUUCCUGGAACAUGUCACCAAGGUGAUGCUUGUGAUCGACGCAGCAGUCAGCCAUCUGGACGACCUUCAUUCCUUGGAGGACUUUCUGCUCAACCUCGGGAGGAAGCAUCAGGCAGUUGGAGUCAACACCGAGGCAUUUGCUAUGGUGGGUGAGGCCCUUCUCUACAUGCUGCAGUGCAGUCUGGGCCAGGCCUACACGGCGCCGCUGCGUCAGGCCUGGCUCAACAUGUACAGCAUCGUGGUAGCAGCCAUGAGCCGAGGGUGGGCCAAGAACGGUGAGGACAAGGCUGACUGAGACGCGCAGAGGGAGCCACUGAUCAGAUGCUGUCAAAUCACUCAAUGUGGUUGCCAUGGAACGCUGUACAUUUGCUCUGUGAGUGGGGUUGCAUAGCGUAGCAGAUGCAUGGUGUGGUUACACUUCACAAUUGGGUCGACCAGUCACAGAGUUUAUUUCCUUUGCUGUGGAUGUUUUACAACCAGGCAAUGCUGCUGUACAUCUGUGAGGGUCUGAGCCAGUUCUCCUCAGUCUGGACCCGUAACCAUCUGAGCGCCUCUCAUUGAGAAAAACUGUCGAGGCUCUUUGUAUAUAAUGUUUUUUAUAUCUACUGCAAUGAUAACAGUAACUGUAGUGGUCUUUGUGCUGUAUCUUAAAAGAGCUGCACAGUUGUGAAACACUAGAUAUUAUAUUUAGGCAUCACACACUACUCAAACUGUAAUGGUUACUGUGGCCAACAUGGGCAGCUCUCUAUCUAACUGGAACACAGUGAUACUUUACAAAACAUGGACAAAGCAAUGUGAUCUUACAGAGGAUAAAUCCUACCACCUUAAUCAUAACCAUUACUGUGUUUUCUAUUGAUAUUACGCAUCAUUACGCCUCUUUUUGUGUGCGACUUUGUUCAUCUAAAAUUUAACCUACUGACAAAACAACUGUUAAUUCUUAUCUUCAAUAGAUGAGAACUGUUAUACUCUCUGGUGGCUCAUCUUUGGUGAUCUAUGACUGUUAAGGCGUCCGCAUGCACCUUACUCGACACGGUGUGUGAUGCUCUCCUCAGUAGAGAUUGUGAGUAUUUCAAUAGGCUUCAGCUGACUGUUAAACUCUUACUAAUAGACUGUUAUGUGACCUUUAUAGAGUUUGAAAAGUUAAAGGGCAUCUUGAAGGACUUUUAACAUAUUUGUUCCUUGGCUAUCAGUUUCCAAUCAUUGUUAGUGUUAAGUGGUUUUGUUGUACUCUAGUUGCUUAUCUCAGUAAUUCUUAUUAACUGUGUUGUUGUGGCUACUCGCGAUGUAUAACCUCUGCUUUAGAGGUGAAGGCGAACAGAGUGGCCCUGUGUUUCUUUUGGCUCAGGAAGUUAAGCAGGAAGUGAACAAUUGUUUUGGAUGAUUAUGAAACAAAGCCAAACUUAACUGAUUUGUAUUUUUUAAUUUAUGAAGGCAAAACAAAUGAUACGGAGGUACUGUGUGUUGUCACUGUCUAAUAUGUGUGUGGUGUUAUUAUUAUUGCUGCCAUAACGCUGUAUGUAUCAUCCUCACUCAGCUGUUAUUUACAUUCAUGGUCAUUAUGCCAAGUAACUUAGCAACAGUGUGCCAAGUAUUAGAUAAUAACACCAUACAACUGUAAAUCCAAGCUGCUGAUAUGUGGUUAUUAUCGCUUUAGUCUGAGUUUACAUUUACAAAGUUUUAUUUUUAUAUUCUGAAAUGUAUGUGUAGUUAAAGAGCACUGUUUUUUUUUCUUCAAAUAUGAUGUACUAAACAGUAUAUCCUUCAUGUAAUCAAAAUAAUAGAGAUACUAUUAACUUCUAUGUGCAGUCCUGACAGAAAAUUAUAAAAGCAGAGUUUUCUAUUCAGCUAUUUUAUCCUUGAGUAGUAUAUAUUCUAUCUCUACUUUCUAGCCCGGAGGUGUAAUGUUAAUUAACUGACUGUGUGUUUGGUGUAUCUGUAGUGAUUCUUUCUUCAGUACACAGCCCUGUGCAGGUUGUUGUUCUCCAUGUCUCUGUUUUCAAUUACCUGACAUUAGGUCUUUUUAGCAGGCAUGACUGACAACUGGCAUGUUAUCCCAUUUAACAUCCAGCAGCUCUGUACAUAUUGGGUGUGUCACUGUCUACCUCAUCUUUAUCAGCUGCUACUGAACAGCGAUGACUUCACCUAGUUAUCCUUCAACCAAAAACGCACAUUAUGAUUAUUAUUAUUACUAUGUUGUUAUAAUUAUUAUCAUUAGAAUUAAUGCAAGCACGCACUCUUUGUAAACUGGAUUCCACCCUACACUUGUUGUGUGCUUACUGGAGACUAAAUAAAGUGAUCUUCUGUGGAUAUUUUACUGCUAA